AGAGGAAAUGCGGUAACGCUGGCGGCCGCUGGAUGGUUGUUUUGCUGGAUUCGUUUUGCUGUGGUAUGCUUGCCUCUUCAAAUCAUCGUAGUCUUUCAUCAUGUUUGUCACUUAAAUAAGCUGCUUUUUAUACACAAACUCGUUACUGUUGUGUUGGUGAUCACAACAGUGUUAAAUUAAAACAGAACAGUGUCUUAACAAAAGUACAAAGCGUCCAUGGUCACGGUGGCUGGUAGUCACUCAGCAGUAGUGGUGAUGGUCGGCGAGGGCUUCUUCCUCCAGCAGAGUCCAUGGUCGAGGCCGGGUAAGGUGCUAGGCUAGGGAGGUGGCUGCUACAUAUAAACCUUAGGGUGUCCACACGCUGACUAAAUCAUGGCCGUCCGCAAAACCUGCCGUAUUGUUACAUCCAGUAGGAUAGGUAUUCUGCUUCUUUUUCUGAUGCUGACAUGGGUGUAUGCGUUUAUGAACUAUUCCAUGUAUCGUGCACAACCAGGUUUACUGGAGAGUGAUAGAAUCAGACAGAGAAUUCUUGAUGAUAGUGAAAACUAUGUGAAGGCACUCGCUAGGGAAGAGAAACAAGGACUCAACGUACAGAACUCGGGGGUAGUAUAUGAUUUGAAACGUACAUUGGCUGUACUACUGGAGAGCAUUCUAGAACGUCUGGGCAAUGUGGAGCAGAAAGUGGAUGUUAUUUAUAAUAAUAAUAGUCAACUCCUGAGAAAUGUUACUGGUCUCGCUGAACACAAACACAACCAGGCAAAGAAUGAGGUAGAACACCAAAAUGAAAGUAUUUUCACCAACAAGAAGAAAGUUGUUGUUAAGAAGGACUUGGGCAUUGAAGGGGACCAGCCGCUGUUAGCAAAAGAUCUCAUUAUGCAACCAGAAGCCAAAUGUUCCUAUCUUGAUGAUGAGCUAAGAGGAUUUCCAGAUUGUACAAAGAAAGUCGCUUGGAUGAAAGAAAUGUGGUCAUCUGAUCCUUGUUAUAAAAAGUAUGGCGUCGAUGGCAGUGACUGCUCAUUUCUUAUUUACCUGAGUGAGGUAGAAACAUGGUGUCCUAAGCUCAAAUGGAGAAAACAGACACCCAAAUCUCUUCUGGUAAAUUCAGAAAGACCAAAGGCGACGAUACAGAAGGACAAGGCUGGUCUGAUGACCGUCCUAAACAAGGCGUAUUUGAAUAAGUUGGAGUGGGUGAGACUACGUAUUGACAGAAUGUGGGACAGUAAAUGGAUGCCCGCUGCGGAAGUGCUGGAGAAAAAACAAGACCUUACAAACAGAGAGCAGAAAAAGAUCUUGAUCCACAUGGGUUUGCUUACUAAAGAGUCAGGGUUUAAGAUUGCCGAGAAGGCCUUCUCUGGUGGACCUCUUGGUGAGCUCGUUCAGUGGAGCGAUAUAUUGGCCUCACUUUACAUCCUUGGGCAUGAACUGGAAGUCUCUGUUACUUAUUCAUCUUUAAAAACAUUUUUGAAAGGAAAGGGUGUGGUCAGCCAAAGUUGCCCCAUCGGAGGUGAACGUCCUUUCGACCUGGUCUACAUUGACAUUGUUGGUCUGAAACAAUUUAAGAAAGCAUCAGGGUCACUCUGGAAGCAGCUCAAUUGUAUGCUGCGAGUUAUAGAUUCGUUUGGCACGGAACCAGCCUACAACAUCCGCAAGUACAUGAAGAGAACAGGCCGGAAAACUGACUGGGGAGGCUGGGAACUACUCCCAACACAAUUCUUUACCAUGUUUCCCCACACUCCUGAUAACUCUUACAUGGGUUUUGUUGUUGAAAACAAUGAAGAAACUCAAACAAAGAAAUCUAGGAAAAGAGACAACAAAGCCUUGGUAUAUGGCAAGAUGUCUUACAUGUGGAAGGAAGCGAAUGCACAUAAGUUUCUGGAGAUUAUUAAUCAGAGGUUUGAGAUUCAUGCGACUGUUCAUGUUGAUCAGAAUCAAACUGAAGAGGUGGAUGCUGUACCAUCCUAUAUACACAAUCAUGGCAUACUCUCAGUACAUGAUCUUCAGCAUCUACUUAAAGAAACAAAGCUUUUUAUUGGACUAGGGUUUCCUUAUGAAGGCCCAGCACCAUUGGAAGCUAUUGCUAAUGGCUGUAUGUUCCUCAACCCAUCAUUUGGACCACCAAAGAGUAAAUCUAAUACCAAGUUCUUCAAGAACAAGCCAACUGAGAGGGAGUUGACAUCCCAGCAUCCGUAUGCAGAGGUAUACAUUGGCAAGCCACAUGUAUGGACUAUUAAUGUUCAGAACUCCUCCGCUGUUCAAGAAGCCAUUGAUGAAAUCAGCAGAGUGGAUUCACCUCAGCCCUACCUACCUUAUGAAUUCCAAUGUGAAGGAAUGCUGCAGAGAUUAAAUGCCUACAUCUCAAAUCAGGAUUUCUGCAAUCAUCCCAAUUCCUGGCCACCUAAAUCAGCAAUGCACAUAAGAACAUCUAAGUUGAACCAAUCCUGCAAAAAGAGAUGUAUGGAGGAUGAUUUAAUUUGUGAACCAACAUGGUUUCAUCAUCUGAAUUAUAAAGAUGUCAUUGAAAAAAAGUUUGGUGCAGAGUGCAAGACUGUGGAUGAAGUUGAUGAGGUGUAUGUGCCAGCAAUCAAUCCAGUAUUAUCAUCCUGUAAAAUACAAACCAAUAGCCUUUUAUUUAGCUGCGCUGGACAGGAUCAAGAUUUGAGACGAAUCUGUCCGUGCAGAACUUACAUCAAAGGGCAAGUAGCCUUAUGCCAAGAAUGUAUAUUAUGAUGAAAUCAACAAGAAACAGUAUUUAAAUUUAUGAUGCAUUGUUAAAAAUUAUGAUCCAUGGUUGUGAAGAGCGGAAAGGUAAAAUAACCAUGUUUAAUGUGUAAGCUUACUUUUUUAUACAGACAGUAACCAACUGCCCUGAGAAAUCUGCCACCUGUAAUACUGCCUUUUGGCAGAUACUAUUUGCCCCGUCAAAUCUGCCCUCCUGAAAAACUGCUGUUUUGCAGAAUGUUUCCCUCAAAUGUUGUUUGGAUUUUACAAAUCAUGAAUGAGUAAGCAAAAAAUAUUUCCUUGACAAAGCAUCAACUGUGAUUUUUGUUUGCCUUCAGGAAAACCUGACCUCAUAAUUUGGUGCUGUUUUCGCAGAAUGUUCGUAUGUUUUUUUUUUUAUAAAGUUCAAAUACAUGUAGGAUAAAACGUUUGAGAAAAUCUAUUGCUUUUGGUAUACUUGUUCUUUAAGAUUUAAGAUAUGCCGCACACAUAAGUGAUGUGAAAAAAUGCAUUGUUACUGAUAUUUGUGCUUCACUAGAACCAAGAUAAGGUACAUCAUUCAUUGGGACUGUGUGUAGAACUACAGCUACAUGUACUUCACAGUAUGCAUACUGUUCUAGGAUCAAGCUGAAGUACAUUAGUGCCUAGUGGUAGUAUUGACAAAUCUGCUGCCACUUCUAGGCUAGCAGAUUGGAAUUCAGAUGAGCAUAUGGGUGCUUGGCAAAACCACCUUGGCCCAAUUUCACUGAGCUGCUUUAACACAAAAUAAGCUGAGCAUAACAAAAUAUGCUUACCAGAAUAUGGUUACACGCCAAAAUAACAUGUCACAUGUACAAUGUGUGACUGGUAUCCGGCUCAUUUCUGAAAAUUGUUAAGAAACUAUUUGUUGCUAAGCAGCUCUAUGAAAUUGAGCUCUGCUACUUGCGAUAAGCAUCAUCAGUGGAAGAUAGAUUAUACAAUUUUCAGAUUGCAAAGUGAACAUACAACGAUUUUUGUAUUUACUUUGUUAAAAUUUAUGUUAAAUGUUUCUCAGUAUUUGAGUAAUAUCUGACUGAAGGGUUUGGUGCAGUGUUUACAAUUUCAAGAAUUAUAUUAGUUCAAAUACUAACUAUUUUAGCGUUUAUGCCACAAGGAACCACAGGAACCAAUAAGGUACCACAAGAAACCACAACGAGACAUUGUCUUUGCCAUCUGCUUACAAGGUUGUGAGAUUAAUCAUAAAAUUGUAUGAAGAUUUAUUUAAAAUAUAUAAUAAGAUUUAUAAUGAAUAAAUGUUGUUAUUUAUAUUUAAAUUAUAUUGUGAUUGAAAGAAAUUGAUUUGAAUGAAAUAGAUAUUGUAAUAGUUUUUCACUUGAUUUUCUAAACACAAAGUAUCCCAACUACUUUCAGUUAAACCUCUAUUAUUAUUUUAACUUGUAUUUCUGCUGAGCUAUUGGAUCUAUUUAAAGUAAAGCUAUUGUGUUAGGUAUGUAGGCUACAGUAGGUUAAAAAAAACACUUACUUUUAAUGCAUAGACUAAUUAAUGCAAAUUUGUUAAUUGUUUAAAUUUUAGUUCAUGUUUAUGAAUUGGAUGAGUGAAGCAUCGAUGCAUGAAGAGAAAAUGACUGAAAUCAGAAACUGAACUGCAUGGAUAGGUACUACAUAGGUAGAAUAGGCUGUUGAGCUACACCACUCUAACCCAAUGCCUACUAGACUUGUUGGCAAGUCGUUAUCACAGCAAUUCUCGCGACACUUGCAAUGCUCUCGCAAGACUACUACCUCGGUUCAGACUACUGCAUUAGCGCUCUGCGAGUAUUCGGCAGCCAGCAGCUUCCUGCAAGAGCAUUGAUCAUGCGAGAGCAGUAUUCGAUCGCAGAAAACUUGAUCAUUACGCCACCACCACGACUCGACUAUCUCAUCCCGGCAGACCAUUAACGACUUGUCCUCAAGUCUACAUGCCUACCAAAUCAAAACACAUCGGAAUCAAUACAAGAAAAUAUGAAAUUCUAGAAAUGCUGCCGGGCUUAAGAAAAUCACCCUUUCAAAAUAGUUGAACAGAAGCUGCUCUGUUUUCUUAUAAGCAGUAACUUCUAGAGGUUUAAAGCCAGUGGACACUAUUCAAUUGGUAAUUGUCAAAGACCAGUCUUCUCACUUGCUGUAUC